CAUAGGUUAUCUCUUUUACUUACCCGUUCUAACUUAUCCUACCUUCCUUGCGACCUAUUCUUUGUCCUCGCCAUCCAUUUUGUGACUCCAUCAUGACGCGUGCUCAGCAGACUCUCUCGGUUCUCCUACUUGUCUCUUCGCUCUACCUUGUCUUAUACCUGGGUCUUGUUCCUCUUAACGAAACAGUCCAAACAGAAAUCAUUCCUGUUUUGCCAUUCUACGCACUAAUAUGCUUCGGCUGUUAUCUUCUUGGCCGGCUGGGUCUGGCGAUUUUGACUUUCAAUGACGUUCCCGAGGCGCAUGAGGAGCUACAAAAGGAGAUCGAACAGGCCAAGGCCGAGUUGCGCAAGGCGAAUGUCGACGUCGAUUAAAUUCUCUAUUCUGUUCAGCCAUUUACGCGCGAUGGGAUUUUCUGGCGGUGGUCUCAAUUUCAACGUUGGGUCUCUCGAGGGCGUUAAAACCGCCCCGUACGCAGAAGCGCCAUGGGGCUGAAGUAACUACUAGGUAAUGGAUUCAGCGCUAAAUUGAUGUUGUGUUUACGGCCUUGUGCUGUGCGAGAAUGUCUAGCCUGGGCGAUACUGAUACCCACCUUACCAUCGCGCCUGUGGGUACAGCUCUGCGUUGUAGGCCAUCUAAACCCCCUAUCGCAUGGUGCUUGCCCUACAGGUGCAAAUCUUAUAUCACCUCUUAAUACUGAGCGGCCUGAAAGGGAUGGGUUCUUCAACGAGUAGCCUACUGUAUGCUACGUUUAAACAAACUAGAAUGCUAGUCCAUGUGAUACCGGUCAUUAAAACUGAAUGUGUCCAAGGGGCGCCCAUGACCGGUAUGCAAGCAAUGAUCUUCGUCAUCCACAG